UUUUUUUUUCUUUUUUUUGUAUUAUUCAUUCUUUAUUAUAUAUACAUACAUAAUGGCUAUCGUUGUUCCUUCUGAAUAUGGUUACGUUCUUGCUGUGGCGACAGCCAGUGCUUUACAAUUAUUUUGGUUCGCUCAUGGCGUUAAUACUGCUAGAAAGGCAGCUGGUGUUCCUUAUCCAUAUCUCUAUGCCGAAAAAAGCGAAGCUGAAAAGGAUCAAGCCAAACAUCUUUUCAACUGUGCUCAGCGUGUACAUCAAAACAGUUUAGAAUCCUUCCCCGUGUUUAGUACCUUAUUAUUAAUUGGUGGUAUUAGUCAUCCUGAAGUCUCUGCUGGUGCUGGUGCCAUCUAUCUUGUUGGUCGUGCUGCCUAUUCUUCGGGUUAUAAGACUGGUGAACCUAAGAAACGAGUCCGUGGUGUCUUUGGUUACAUCGGUUUGCUUACCUUGCUUUAUACCACCGGUGCCACUAUUCACACCUUGUUGAAAGCUUUAUAA